CAAGUUUUGUCUAAAUAUCAAUGGGGAGGUAUCAAGGGAAGAUCUACGUUAGAUCAUUUGAUAUCACUUGAAACUUACAUUAGACAAACUUUAAAACAGGUUGAACAAGUAAUAACUCUAUUCUUGGGCAUUGAAAAAGCCUAUGACACUGCCUGGAAAUAUGGUAUCCUAAAAAAAUACAUAAAUCCGGAUUGA